AUAUGAGUGAGGUCACAUAGUGGGUGGCAGCAGGGAGUCCUGGGGGGGGGGUAACAAGAGCAUGGCGCCACAGUGCACAGGAUGCUUGAGUACAGUGUGGCGCCGCCUCCCACCUCCCCACACACACAUCUUAAUACAGAAAAACAAGUGCGAGUGAAAAAACAAAUUGAACACCCCCAUCUAACUGCGUCAUGUGAUAAGCAAGUAAGGAAAUGGUGAUACGAGUGUUACCCGUACUUAAGUGACGCAACACCUUUCUGAAAUUCCACACGGACAGGAAAAGUACGUCAUUCUUAACGGAUAAAAUACCAGUACCAAUUGUAAGCUUAUCAUUUUUGUACAAGGGACUUGCAAAGACGGAGCUAUUCUUGUACCUAUAUACAUUGCUAUUAAGCAACGGGCUUCUGUACUUGGUGGAAUACCACAAAGAUAAAUUGCAGGACAAACCCCUUGCAGAGUUCACACAAGCAAACCACACAUGUAUUGCAUAAAUACAUUAACAAUGAGGGGUUUUUGCAUAUCUGUGACCAUAUUCAUCAUAGUGUGUGUCCUUGCUAACAGAACAAAAACAAUGAGUACUGAUGAUUCAACAGGACUGCUGCACUGGGCACCACUUCGUCUCAAGUCCCCAUACCUGACAUUCAUUAAUAACUACUACAGCCCAUCAUGGCGCACAAGACAUCCUAUCACAAAGGAAGAAGAAGCCCUUCGAAACUUGCAGCUUCCUCGGGGUGUUCCAUUUGCCGUCGUGUGCGGUGCAUGCUUUCAAAGAUCAGGUGUUGCAGCAAAUCUUACCGUUAGUGUUUCUGGCCAUGAAUAUCACAGUGUUCCAAAAACCCACAGCAAUAGAAAAACAAAAUACCAUGUUGGUUACCUUGAGUGUAUGAUGACAUAUGUGAUUACAGCCCCUAUUGAAACAGAUGGAACAAUAACAUGCACAUUAAAUCGUGGAAGACAAAUAAAAACCGAGGUGAUAUCAUUUGGAGUAGUUGAUGUGAGCAUUGAUGAAGCACCUGAAGAACUAGAAAUUCAGAAUACAGAACAAAAAAUUACAUUACACUGCCCUUCACCAGAUGAGAUGCCAUCAUCCAGCAAUCCCCUUGUUCAUGUAUGGCAUGAGGAUCAAGAAGUCUCUCAAUCAAAUCACCUCAUCCCGCACAUGAAGCCAGUCGUAUCAAUAAUGCGUUCUAAGCAUACAAAACACAUUAUCUGUUCAGUCUAUAGCAUUGGUAAACCCAAUAAAGUGUACCGAACACGAUAUCAAAUUAUUGGGAGCCAAGCAAUAGCAAAGCAAGAAUAUCACAUCUCUUAUGAUCCUGGGCACCAAGAUUAUACAGAUGAAUUUACACCUAAGAAAAAGUUGUCAAACUCAGUAAUAGGAAUCAUCAUAACAGCAGCUAUUAUAUGCGCGCUUCUCACAGUUGUAGGAAUCUAUCGCUUUGUUACAGCAGCCAGAAGAAAGUAACGCAAGAAGUUAUACCUGCUCCUACCAAGUGCUCAUCAAUAUUAAAUGACUAAUUUUCCAGUGCAUAUAAAGAGUGCAGUGCAAUUCCAUCCGUGUUCUACAGAACACGGAGCACAUAAUACGUGCAACCUCAGCUAUAAUAUAAAGAACAAAAGGUGUUGCUGGAUAGUGUGUUAUAAUUUUUAUACAUAAUAUAUAUAUAUUUAUUGUAAGGCUUAAUAUGUACAGAAUUAAUACUAUAUUUUUGUGCCAAUAAUUUAAUAAUGACAAGUGUGCAUCAGACACAUGCUUUAUUGUGUUUACAAUUAAAUUAAAAAUAUUAUCUAUA